AUGUCCAACUUACCCUCUCCAGUGUCUGAUGACAUGGAUGACACAGUGUCGUCGACUCCCACUCCAUUCAGCCAUCUUCACCGCUCGAUGAGCCAUGGCUCGCAAUGGUCGGCGUCAGAUUCACCUCAACGUCACAACCAAGGAACCUCUUACCAGCAGUCCCCCCCUUUCCGACAAGCCCCUCCUCCCAUCCCCUCUCGCAGUUCCUCGUCGCAUUCCGUACGUCGUGAAGCUCGCAGCAGAAGCGUGAGUACCGCUGGUAAAGGUUUUCGCGAGGACGAUCAUCUCAACGAGGAAGAUGAAGAUGGUGAUAGCUCCGAGCCUACUGACAGGCGAGUUGGCAAGUCCGUCGCCGCCAAUGACGACGAGGCUGCCAAUGAUGCCGACGAGUCCGGCUCCGAUAGAGAGGAAGACCCCAUCACUCUCAAGGACCGACAGUCGCUCAUUAACGUCGAGCAUCCAUUUGGUCUCCCCAUUUGGAAGCCAGCACUGUACCAAAAAUCGCGUUCAGUCACUCGCUACGCUGACGAAGCACUGCACUCCAUCCCUUCUGCUCAGGCAGAGCGCCACCUCUUACCCGGCAACAUUUUCUGGGUUGUCGUGUUUGGUUGGUGGCUUUCUCUGACGUGCUUUGCCGUUUCCGCCCUGCUCUAUCUCAUUCCUCAAGGUGGCAAGCAGUAUUCCUCGUUAGUCUUCGGUUUGGGAUGGUAUCUUGCGUGGCCGUUCGGGAAAUACGUGGAAGGUGAAGCACUUGAUGAAGAGGCGGAGGACGACGAUGAAGAUGAGGAUGAGGAUGCAACCUCACACGAACGCCAUUGGAGUGGUGAUUCUUCGCACACAGUCAGGGCACCUGAUUCCGAUGAUCAGUCCUCCAGCACCAUCCGAGGCGUUGCUGCUGACCAUUCGACGACAGCGCAACAUGUUCAAACAAUGUCUUGGAAUUCUGUUAUCAUACCGGAAGAACACACUUCUCUCCUCCAGACGGUGUCGGAAAUGCACUCACCGCCGCCUUCCAAAUCAUAUGGAGCAACUUUAUCCACCGCUUCUUCAGAGUCAUCCAUCGGUGCGGCUAAAGAAAGUCCGAAAGGGGCCACACUUGGCAAAAUCUGCUUCUGGCUUGGAAUGAUCUCCAUCAUUGCCCCACUCAUGCUCGUCGUUUGCCUCAUCUGUUGGGGUCUCAUCGUCACUAUACCGAUGGCUAAGCUCAAUUGGGCUCUUCUCACGCACAUCUUUACUCAACCCGAUACCAUACGAUUCUGUGCGGCACCUCCUGCCGUGGUAGUUUCUGAGCAAGUAGGGCCAACCAAUGCUGAGGAUUCAGCAUCUUCCCCUGAGGCCAGUCGUACUCAGUUUUCAGUCAAGCAUCCUCGCAUUGCUCCAGGACAAGUUGCGCCGUCCGGUUCAUCCAAGGUGCUACUUUGCACUUAUCGUGCAGUCGGAUUGCAGUACUACAAGUACACUGUGGGCGGUGUCAAUAUCCUGUUUGUCAACCUCAUGCCUGUCGUGUUCUUCGUUAUCUUUGAUGGGUUGGUUUUACUUCCGAUGGUCGAAAAGCUCGAAGAGCAUCACAAACAUGUCCCCAGUUUCCUAGCCUUCAUUGCAUCGCAGGGCCUCAUCUUCAUUCUCAGUUUGCUGAGUGUCAUUCCUCUGUCGUAUUUCAUUGGUAUGGCUGUCGCGUCUAUCUCCGCACAGUCUUCCAUUGGGAUGGGUGCCGUUAUCAAUGCCACUUUCGGUUCUAUCAUCGAAAUUAUACUGUACUCUAUGGCCCUGGUCCAGAACAAAGGGCAUCUCGUCGAAGGUUCUAUCGUCGGUAGUAUUCUGGCGGGUGUGCUGUUGAUGCCUGGCAUGAGUAUGGUCAGUGCCGCAUUCAGGCGAAAGGAGCAGAAAUUCAAUGCCAAGAGCGCCGGCGUCACCAGUAUGAUGUUGAUCAUGGCCAUUAUCGGAGCAUUAGCACCCACUCUUUUCUAUCAGACCUAUGGAAAUUUCCAGUUGAUCUGCAGUGGAUGUCCAUCUGCGCCUGGACCUGGUGGUAGCAACACGCCUUGGAUUUGUGAUCACUGCUACUAUAAACAUCCAGACCCGGUCGAUGAUCCCUUCUAUCAAUCGACUGUGAAGAGCUUGAUGUACUUCUGUGCUGUCGUCUUACUCUUCUCGUAUCUUGUCGGCCUUUGGUUCUCUCUCCGUACACAUGCCAGCCAAAUCUGGCAAAAUCCCCAGCAGCUAAUGCACUCCGUGGAACUCCCCAUUCACCAGCGGCAAUCCUUGUAUCAUCGUCUUCCGUCUACUGGCACCGUAAAUCCCAAUGCACCAGGCUCUCUUCAUCGCAAGGAAAGUCACGCUCAUAGUCUUGGUAGAGAUGCAGCGUCCCCCUCGCAAGCCUCGUCUCACCCAUCCACUUCUCGCGGGCCUCCCUCUCCUGUUCUACCCCGCCGAGUCUCUUACGCCGCCGCUCCUGCUAUGCCUCCUGUACACUUUACGCCCGUCAUGGAGAGCGUGGAUCAAGCCGUGAAGACCACCGCAUUACAACCUAUGCAUCUUCCUGAAGCAAUGACAACCGAUGACUUUACUAGGGCUGUGGCUGUAGCGACAGUUAGUGCUCUACGCCAUCAGCAAGCUCAUGCUGCUCAAUCGCCGGGUCGUUUACGCGUAUCGGGCGCUGAAAACGAAUCUACAUCUGGCGGUCAUGGAGGGCAUGACGCACCGUCUUGGAGCCGCACUACUAGUGCUAGCGUUUUGCUCGCAUGUACUCUGUUGUAUGCUAUCAUCGCAGAAAUCCUUGUCGAUGUUGUCGAUGUCAUUCUGCAAGGCUCUGGGAUCGAUGAGAAGUUCCUCGGUGUAACUUUAUUUGCACUUGUCCCGAACACAACCGAAUUCAUGAACGCAAUGUCGUUUGCUCUUAAUGGCAACAUUGCCCUCAGUAUGGAGAUCGGCUCAGCGUAUGCUCUUCAAGUCUGCCUUCUACAAAUACCGGCGAUGGUUGCGUUCUCCGCUUAUUGGGCCCCUGAUAAAAUGGGCGAAGUUGCAAAGACUUUCACACUUAUUUUUCCUCGAUGGGAUGUGAUUGCCAUCAUCCUUUCGAUGUUUUUGAUGACAUAUACAUACAUCGAAGCAAAGAGUAACUACCACCGAGGAAGCAUUCUCAUUUUAAGUUAUCUCGUUCUCACUGCUGGGUUCUUCUUUGCGCCUCACGAUGGGGAGGCCGAUGAUCAGGCAGACUCCACUACCAUUCAAGAAUUUUCAUCUUUAACUGGACUUCAGUAUGCCAGAUGGUAUUUCCUAUCCUGGUUGCAUUUGUGGUUGUGA